GUCUUGUUUGAUUCCGUCCGCUCUCCUCCUGUAUCCCAUUGCUAGUGCCGGUCGACCUCAUGCUUGCUGGCUGGCUUCAAUAAGCCCACCGAGUGAGCCAAGUCGUGCGGCAUUAACACUCUCGGGAGCGACCACGCCGCCGACUUGUAUCGUAUUAGCGAUAAUGUUGUUUUCCCGUGACGAAUUCACCAAAGAUGAGCAAAUCAAACUCGAGUGAACCCGAUGGGAGUCGAACUGUCUUGCAUUUACCACCCUCCAAUCCGCAACUCAUUACUAAGAUCCCCAACAUCUUACCUCAUGAGCGCGUUUUCCCAAUUCAAAUAGGCUCCGAUCUGUUCAAGCUCUCUGGUGCUUCUCUCUCAUCGGACGCACCGUCAUAUUUCUCGCAGUACUUCCUAUGUCAGAUAAAGGCUGCUGAGGAAUCCGGAGACGACUUGUCUACUGCUAUCCGUACACUUUAUAUUGACCGGGACCCGGUAACCUUCGGAGAUAUUGCUCUCCAUCUGCAGGGAUAUCAUGUCACCCCUCGCGAUGGCACGCACUUCGUGCGUUUGUUCGCUGAUGCGCAGUUCUAUACCUUACCUAAGCUGAUGUCUCGGCUUUAUGAAGAGUCAAUCUUCAUCUCGAUAGGGCAUCGGGAGUUUCAGAUUCCUCGAGAUAUGUUCACGGGACCCGGGAAUUCACCUAAUUUCUUUUCUUUAGGCUUCGGUCUUUUCUUCUCGUCGCCAAAAGACCUAUAUCCCGGCCUGGAUCGCAAUGAUUUGAUUAGGCCGCCCUCUAUUAUGCCGCCGUCGGUUCCGAACCGCUCCGCUGAUACCUUUGCUGAGCUUCUGCAAAUCUUACGCGGCUAUCCCGUGCAUAUCCGCGACGAAGCGCAUCGAGCGUCACUCCUUAUGGAUUGUCGUUACUUCAACUUCAAGGCUCUCGAACAAAAGCUACUACCUCAUCAUAUAAGCUAUAACCAAUCGCGUAGGAAACAUGAGAUUUUGAUGAGGGUCGAAGAUAUCUUCAAGUCCGGUAUCUCAGUGAUGAACAACAACUCGGGAGAUUUCAGUAACGUUUUAGGGGGCUCAUUUUCAGGAUGGGUCAACUACAUGAGACCUUAUGAGGAUGACAAGCAGCGGGAACUGAUCCUAGAAAUCGGGGGAGAAGCCACCAAGCUGCAUUUGAACAUCAUGCGUGCAGAAUUUUUCGGCCAAAUAAAGACUCGAAUUGCAAGAUUAUUCGAGGUGAUCGCGACGAAACUGAACCUCCCCACGACGCAACCUUUAGGCCUACUGAUGGCUUCAGGGGGGGCUGAUAGCCAGCCUGCGACCCCAGGGAACACCCCCUUAAGUGAAGACUUGGUACGCAUAUCGCUCGACCCGGAGGCGCACAUUAUGCUCGAUGGGAAACAAUACGUCCCCGACUCUGAUAUUGAGGAGCUGGCUAAUGCACUGGCAACCUCCCCUUCUGGUGGUAUGGGUGGUGGGCAAGAAUCACCUGGGUCAAGUGCAGCCGCAUCUCACGGCCCAUCACGAAAAAGAAGACGGGUGGAUACCACCGGCCAGGUCGCCGAGGAAUGGGUUGUUCGAACUGGGCAAUGGAGACUACGCAUACAGAGCGCCAAGAACGGGAAAAGUGUGGUCGAGUGUGUGCUUGUUGCAGUCAAGCUCGACGCUUAUAGCGUAGAGCAAAGCCGCAAUGCUCACCGGGGGUUUCUCCUGAGUUGAUGUCGGAGCUUAGGGGAGUGGCCACACCAAAGGCGACAGACAUCAUAAAUGAUACGAUGGCGCAUUAUAUAUUUCUCAACGUACAUUGCGAACACGAACUAUGUAUGAUUGUAUUUGAAGCGAGUUGUCAUUUGUACAGGACAUAUAGCGAGCCAUACUCUUUAUUAGUUACCAUUAUAUUUCACCUGUAGAUAACAAGAAAAAGUGCAUUUAGACCUGCGAUGCGCAAUAUUUACUCUACACUCCUCAUAUUAAUUCACAGGACUCUAUC